AUGUCGAAUGGGGCGACGCUGGAGGACACGCCGACGUGGAUCGUGGCCUCGGUGUGCUCCGUCAUCGUCCUCAUCUCCAUCAUCUUCGAGCGCUCCCUCCAUUAUCUCGGGAAGGCGCUGGAGCACCGGAGGGAGACGCUGUACGAGGCGUUGCUCAAGCUCAAGGAAGAGCUGAUGCUGCUCGGGUUCAUCUCGCUGCUGCUCGUCGUGUCCCAGGACCUGAUACAGAAGAUCUGCAUCAACGAGAGCCUCAUGGGCCACUGGCUGCCGUGCCUCCCUGGCGCCGCCGGCUCCACGGCGCAUUACGGCGUAGGCUCUGCAUCUUCUUCUUCUUCUUCUUCUUCUUCCCCCAACAUCGGCGUCGGCGCGAGGAGGCUGCUCAAGGGAGGGACCGCGGCCUCGGGGCACUGCUCCGCCAUUAAGGGUAAAGUCCCUUUGCUCUCGCUUCACGCUUUAGAACAGAUCCACAUCUUCAUCUUCGUUCUAGCUAUCACGCAUGUCGCUCUCAGCGCCUUCACCGUGCUCCUGGGUCUACUACAGAUGCGGAAAUGGAAACAGUGGGAGAAAAGAAUCAACGAAGAGGGCGACAGUGCUGCAGCUCCCAAGAUGAUCAACCGGGUGCAGCAGCGAAAGUUCAUCAAGGACCGGUACAAAGGGUACGGCAAAAUGAACAUGGCCAUACUUUGGAUGCAUUCAUUCUUCAAGCAGUUCUAUGGAUCAGUAACCAAGGAUGACUACAUUGCAAUGAGGCUCGGUUUCCUCAUGGAGCACUUCAGGGGAAACCGAAAAUUCAACUUCUACGAAUACAUGGUAAAGGCUCUGGAGAAGGAUUAUAAACGAGUGGUUGGUAUAAAAUGGUAUUACUGGAUAUUUGUGAUGAUUUUCCUGCUGAUUAACGUCACCGGGUGGCACUCCUACUUCUGGAUCUCACUGGUCCCGUUGGCUCUGCUGCUCCUGAUUGGGACGAAGCUGGAGCACAUCAUAACCGAGAUGGCGUACGAGGUGGCCUCGAAGCAGGCCGCCGUGGAUGCGGGGGAAAUCGCCAUGGACCCAGACGACAACCUCUUCUGGUUCCACAGGCCCCGGAUCCUGCUCAUCCUCAUCCACUUUAUCCUCUUCCAGAACGCCUUCGAGUUCGCCUACUUCUUCUGGACGCUAGCGACGUUCGGCUUCAACUCCUGCAUCAUGGACAGGCUCGGAUACAACGUGUCGAGGAUCGUCAUAUGUGCGCUCGUCCAGGUGCUAUGCAGCUACAGCACGCUCCCGCUUUACGCCAUCGUUUCCCAUAUGGGGAGCUCGUUCAAGAGUGCCGUAUUCGAGGACGACGUGGCGGAGCAUGUCAGGGACUGGGCCGAAAGGGCUCGGAGGCGCAAGCGAGGAGCCGGUUCCGACGCUGCUGGCUGCCUGGUGGGCGCAGGGGCAGCGGCGUCGGGGUCGAGCAGGGGAGGGGUCCAGCUCCAGCCGUCGCGGGAAGUGGCAGAGGAGCCGGCCGCUGAACUUGCAUGAAACUAGUAUAUGAAAUUGUCCAUGAAAUUAUGGUCUUUCUUUCUUUUUUUGAGGGAGAAACUAGGAAAUUAUUUUCAGGCUCGAGAGAAGUCCUCGAUCGUGCCUUUCUUUCUGAAGAUAGGUUCAGGUGUGUUGUUUCGUCCGUUUAGUUCUGUUUCGGUCCGCCAAUCGGCAAUCGAUUGGUUUGACAGUGAAGCGGCCAGCUUCCAGCGGAGAUGUAUGUAAAAUCGUCAGUUUUUUUCUUCUUCUUUUGACACCUGUUGUAUUGUCUUGUGGUUGAUUAGGAGCUUGGACGAUGACAUUUGUUGUGAA